AUGCCCCUCCCCUCUGACCCUAACAGGCGAAACUUCUUUGGUAUCGGAGAGAUCAUAAGCGUCCUAGCAAACCCGUCAGAAACCUUGCGAUCGCUCACGGAGUCCAGGAGAAUGUUGGAAGAGACAAGACGAGAACUUGCGGAAGCGCGAGAACGUGCUCAGCUCAGUCCGACACAUACGUUUUCUGCGCUGCCGGGAUUUUUCGAUAGGCCAGCAGAGCUCAAAGCUAUCGAGCGGGCACUCGAGGGCGAGCCUAGCUUUACUGUAUUGUUUGGUGCCAGUAGCGUCGGAAAGACGGCGCUAUUGCGACAAGUUUUGACGCGAUCGACUUACCAUGUGCUGCACUUUGACCUCCGCAUUGCCGGUUUUGCAGACCUGUCAAGCCUAUACAUGAGUUUGAGCCAACAAAUGGAGGCAUUUUUCAUGAGCAUCGCGCAAGAUCCAGAAUUACCUGGUUACGAAGUGUUUGAGAAAGAGGCAUGGGGUUUUAAGCAUGACAGGCUCAAUGCGGAGCGAAGGAUGUCUAACUCAACCCAACAAGGCGAAACUCUUGCGCAUACAGCCAUGAGCGAGAUCAAGACAAGCGACAUCGCGAGAUUAAUGGAACUUUUUCAGGCAAGUACUUCACCGUUGCUCAUAUGUGGACGUCCCGAUCCAUCUUCAUCCACGGCUCGACCCCCAUCACGGAAGCCAAGCACUGACUCUGAUUACUUGUCAAACAGCACACGCGUGCAGAACGGGCAGCAGAAGAAUACUCGCGCGCCAUGGCAUGCGCGCAUAUUUGGAAGCAUUAGCAGGCGCAGUCGUGCGGACAAGAAGGCGCGCGAGCAGCAGAUACAGAUGAAUGGCGAGGCAAGGCAUGAGGAAAAGGGCAAGGGGAAGGAGUGGAAGGUGCCUGCAAAGAAGAUCCCGGUGUUCUUGAUCGACGAAGCGCAUAAGCUCCUUUUCCUGCUCGAUGCGGCGCUUGAUAACGGCCGCAGUCCAGCUCUGAUUCGCUCGGUGGAUACUAUGAAAUCGCUACUGGAUGCAAUGCUGGUACUUACCAAGCAGGAUCGUCUCUGUCAUGUCAUACACGCGACGAGCGACCCGUUCUAUCAAACGUGGCUCCGGCAGCUGAACGACUCACGCAUGUUGCACGUUGAGAUUAUCACGGUUGGCGACUACCCAAAGGUAGAUACACGGCGAUUCUUCCGGGAGAGGAUUGUGCCCAUAGUCCCAGAGACAUUGCGUUCCGGAUUAGAGUUUGAGCGACUGUAUGAGGCCUUCGGCGGAAAACUUGCUCAUUGGCAGGAUUAUGUCACCGACUAUAUUAACGCGAACGGAAAAUUAGACAUCAAGCAAAGUUCGCAUUUCCUGCAAGCGCAUGCGCUGCUUAAUCUGCACAUAAUCCAUUCAGCUCAAGCUCCCCCCAACAACAUUGGCAGCAAUGGCGGAGAGGAGCCUGCAACUAGCCCACAAAGUGCCAGCGCUUCGCAUCAUGCCAUCCAUCGGUUGUCUCCCCCACCUGGCUCCAGCACGGGAUUUCAUAUUUAUUCCCCACUCACCGCUAACCCCCAUGCGGCACCGCCUACCUUUGGCUCCAUUGGCGGAGGCGAAGCUGCGCCCGAAUUCCACGCAGACUUUACGGCAAUCCAAUUGCUGAAGGUCAUGAACCGCCUCGGUCAGCCUGGAGCGCGGUCAUUGCCGUACUUUCUCCUCUGCCGCGAAAUGGGCGUGCGCGCAGUCGACGGCAUGGUCAAAGGCCGAAUCCUGGACCUCAGGUGGACGGACCCGAUCUCGAAGGAGGGCGUCGACUCGCGGACGAUGAGCAUGCGGCUGCGCGACAGCACGCGCCUCAGAGACAGCAUCCGCGUGCGCGACAGCGUCCGCAUGCAGUUUGCUGCAGGGAGCAGCGCAACGGCGGUGAACGACUACAACGACAUCGCAUUGUCGGAGGAAGGAGAGAUGGUGCCGAUGACGGAGGAGGAGAUUCUGCGAGCGCACGAGCGGAUGAUCGAGGGGCAGGGCCCGGAGGACUACGAGGAGGAGAUCGUAGGCCCGAAGCUGGUUCCGAUCACGCCCAUUAUGCGCUAUGCGAUGCGGGAAGUCGUGCAAGAUUACUAUGACAAUGACGACCAGACUGUCUCGGAGUAUGCGUCGUUGUCGGAAGUGGAAGAGUACUAA